GACAGCGGCCACUACUACCGCCACGGGCCACGGUGGCACAUAUAUGUAUAAUGUUAGUAGUACCUAUGUUACUAUAUACUAUAUAUAGAGUAUAAUAUUUUACUGUUAUACAUUCAUUUGGCUAGUGUAGUAGCGUCUCUCCUACCCACUAAUCUUAGUCAAUCCUACGUUUGCCGCGGCGCACACCGCUGUAUAAGCUAUCACACUGGUCGAGUAAAGUCAACCUCCACAACCGGCGUGAAAUAAUAAUAAUAACAUCUACAAAAUAUUAAAAAUUAUUAUUAUUAUUAUUAUUUUUUGUCUAUUUAUCUAUCCGCGCCUUCCCCGUCACGGCGUCACCGACGCGCCGUACGUUGUACGGCCUGUACGCAAUCUAUUCGUUUAGUCGAACUUGUUAUAGUAUUGGUAUAGAUUAUAUUAUAUAUUUUACAUCACACACGCACACGCAUACAAACACGGCACACUCUUACGCGCUCAGACACACGCACGCACGCACAAGAUCGACUUUCACACACGCGCAUGCACGUACCGCGACACACUCGCGCGCACACACACGCACACUCUAGCGCGCGCGCGCAUAUAAUUAUUUUAUUAAAUAUUAUUUACCCGAUAGUGAAACUAAUAAUAAUGUAUACAAUAAAUUUCAUUCCGAUAACAGAAAAAAAAAAAAUAUAACAUUUCUAGUUUAAAAUUAUAUUUCCACUCGCGUUAAUUAUUAUAAUACGACAAUUUACGCGUAAAUUGACGUUGGUGACUAAUUAAAUUGAUGUUUUUAUUCAGUCGUGUAUGUGUAUCGCGUCGUAUUAUACAUGCAUAUUAUUAUUGUUAUUAUUCAACUCUACCUAUUUUGAUAAAUUAAUUGUCAUUCCCCGGCAAUUAUCAAACAAUAAGCAGCUCAGCGAUCCGGUUUCAGACACAAAAGUUUUUUAGCUUGUCUUGUCGUGUACGAGCUUAUUAUAACAAGUACUCGACGACGACUGGAUGGACGGCGUUUGACACGAAAACGAUCUUUCACAUACUAUCAUAGACGCUAUACAUCAGCUAAAAACGGCAGAAUUGAAACUAUAGCAGACGAAGACCCAAUGAGUGACGUGAAAGAUGAAGUCAAAGCUGACGGUGACCAAAGUAUUGAGCAGCAGCAAAUGUCACCAAAAGUUGUCGAUACUGACAUUCCAAUGACAUUUGUGGAGACAGAUCACAAUUCACUAGAACAAUGUAAGAAAAAUGAGGACAAUGAAGGAAAAGAAGGUGACCCACCAAAACAGGAUGAGAUGUUAAAUACCGUGCGUCUGGUAGGUGAGCCACUGACCACACACGGCCCAUACACAUUUUACAGUGCAUUAGCGUAUCGCAAACGCGAUGAUGUAACUAAAAAGAAGAGACGGCGGUGGAAAAAGCCAAUAACAGGGGUGGACAAUGAAAGCGAUAAUGCUGCCGAAUCCUACGAUUCAUCAUCGUCAUGUUGCUGUGCCAAUAAUGAUGCCAAAAAUGAUUUGUGUUUCUGCGACAAUGGUUCGUUAUCAUCAAGGUCUUCGUCAUCGUCUCAUUCUGAAUGGUCAGUUAUACACAUGAAUCAUUUCUAUGCAGUUCGCCCAUGGUACAGCAAGAAAAACAGCAGUAUUAGUGAUGGGCAGCAGCAGAGACGUCAUCGAGAAAAUUCACCAAAAUUGACUAAAACAACUACUGCUUCAGCAGAGAGGCGACAGCAUCACUAUCAGCAAUCGGUGUGUAUUGGUGAACUGGAGUUAUUAUGGCGUGAUGACAGUGUGGUAACGUCAUCAACAGCUCCGUCGUCUUCUUCACAGCUCAAGAAACGUAAUAGUAACAGAAUUGUGCCACCUGCACUGUUAACUGUGGCAUCAAAUGGCGAGGAUGAUGGAACAGAUCCUAUGACAAGUAGUAGCAACAUCCACGGCGAUCCUGUGGCCAGUUCAGAUGAAGACGACGGUGUUAGUGGUGGAUUUGACGAUGAUUCAUCAACAUUAUUGCCACGCCGUCGCACUUUGCCCAGACGCACUCGUCAGCCGUCGGCUAAGAAACUUGAGGCUGCAGAAUCUUAUGCCGCAGUGGCAGCUGCAGCAGCAUCAGAUAAUCAUCACACCUCACAGUCACCAUACAACCGCAAUCGCUUAUCCACAGCAGCACCGUCGGACCCCACCUCCGUGGGUGUUCCACUCUUAUCACCAGAUGCUCAGUAUAGUCAUGGAAACGUACUGUGCAGUGUUCGGUUAUAUGUGAUGCCUGAUCAGACAGCUACCGGUCGACUUGGUGGUAUACAUGGUGAGGAUGAAGUGUUAGAGAUCAACACUUGGAGUGCUAGUGGUGGUGCAGAAAGAUGGCCGAGUAACAUAUUGAUUAAUGGGAACAGCGGAGUAGGAUCUAUCUAUAACGGUAGUGGUAGCGUUGACGACUAUGGUUAUGGUAGUGGAAGUCAUUCGUCAGGGACAUUGCCGUCUGGCUGUUCGGGAUUAGUAUUGCGAGCCGAAGAUUUUGUCGAAUGGGUUCGCGGUGGACUGAUGAAUGAUGAUGACGAAAAUGUAGACACAGAGUCUGAUGAUGAGUCAUUAGAAUCAGAUUGUGAUGAUAACAGCUCUAAUAACCGAAAAUGCAAUAGAAUAGAAACUUCAAAACCUAAGGAUGAGCAACUGUCAUCUUUAGUAACGGACACAAUGGCUGAUGUAAAACAAUGUAAGGAAGAGAUAUUAAAUACUUGGGAUGAUGAUAAUAACAGCAAAGGGAAAUUAGAAUCUACUCUGAUCAAAGAUGAAGUGAUAACAAAAAAUUUACUUUCUGUAAAUCCAGAAAAAGUAAAAAAGGAACAAGAAGAGCUAACUGUAACUGUUGAUUUUGGUGUCGUUGAUAGUAAAACAAUAAAACAAAAACACGAUAGCAGUAACAUUAAUUAUUACUCAAAAUAUGCUGUUGACGAGGCUGUAGAAGCCGAACAUGUUCCCUUAGCUGCAGCUAGAAUUCACAAAAAACAGUGUGAACAUGUUACUGACCGUCAUCGACGCUGUCAUCGUCAACGCCAUCGCUUAAAUCAGAGGUCAUUGGUAAAUGGUGAUAGCACUAGUACUGUCGCUAAGAAAAACGAUCGUGGACAUUAUAAUGUAUCGGCAGUGACAGAUAAAGUUGAAAAGAAGCAGGACAAUGAUAAAAAAUGUUGCUGCUAUUGUUGUAAACGUCGUCGUCAAAAUUACCAACAAAAUGAAAAAAGUACAAUAAACAAUGUCAGUGUGGGUAAUAGUAUCAAACAACGAUUGGUAGUGAUGAGCUACUCUCGAUACUGCCGAUAUAGAGCACAAUUGCAACGUAAGCGUGAACAGCAGUUGAACCAGGGAAAUGCCCCUGUUGUCAUAACUGAUGAUAAAGAAAAGUUGAUGACAACCACAUACCGUGGAGUAGAUUCAAUGACCAGAGUUCUAUUUUGUCGAGACACAUAUGAUUAUCCAGCAGAACUUUUGUUGGAGCCUUUUAAUGCACAACAAAACCAUCAGCAACACACGACAGUGUUAGUCAACCACAUGGCGCCUAAACUCAAAGGCUGGCCUUCUCAUCCAGCAUCCUGGAUGUCAUUCCGAUGGAAUCGAGUGCGUCGUCGGUUACGUCACCUUGAGCGUGGUGGUGAUAGCAAUGAUGACCGACGUAGGCGUCAUCGACGUCGAAAGCUUAAGAAGAAAUGUAGUCGACAACAAAAUGGAGCCAACGGGGCGACUGUGGGGAUGAAUUAUUCGUCAUCAACUGAUGAUGACGAUUCUGACGAUUCUGAUUCUGAUGAUGAGUCUUCUGCAUCAAAUGAUGCUGCCACUAAUACCACUUCCGACGCAUCAACCUCAGAUUCGGAUAGCGCACCACCGCCAUCAACAGUAGGGUCUAAAACUGCCAAUAAGAAUAAUUCCACCACAAAAGUGAACAUUCAUCACAGUAACAAAAAAACUAUCUCUACAUCAUCUACCGGAAACAUGGUCGUAAUUAAUGGAGCUACUACUAUAUCUGCAGCAAUGAUUAACAAGCGGCCGGCUAUGGCUGUCGGGCAAUCGGGUCAGCAACAACCGACCAAACGUCGCCGCGUGGUUUAUACCAACGAACAACUUCAAAAUAUACAUCCGCAACAAUCAAGAGUAAAUUACCAGCAACAGCAACCACAUCCAAGACCUAGACAGCCCCAGCAACAGCAGCAGUCUAGUCAUCGAUUUAGACAAUUAGAACUGGAGCUUAGCAAAUCUCAGCGUCAACAACACUUCCUCGCUGCUCAGCAGCAACAACAUAGACUACAGCCGUUAAACAGACGACUACCACCACCUAUUUCGUCUCUACAAUCUUCAACGACUAGAAUAAUACAUCAUCACUUGCCACCUUCGGUAUCUAUUAUGCCAGUCAUAGUCCCCACUACUAAUAGUUCUCCUCAUCAACAGCUACAACGAUUCAAUAAUCGACUGCAAAACCGGCAAAAAAUACAUGCUACUGCUACAGUUUUACCCGUCAUUUCUCAGCGAAGAAAUAAUAAUAACAUUGAACGACAACAAACUCCCUUUCCACCUGUCAUAAUAGAAUAUGACGAUGACGAUAAUAACCAAGAGUAUGGAUCUGACGAUAAUGGUCGAUACAAAAAAUCAACAGUGGCAGCAAUGGUGGCUUGCCAAAGACGUGUUUCACGACAACAUUUUAACGAUGAGCAAAGACAACAGCGAGAAGAUGAAGAAAGGCAGCGUCGUUGGCUAGUAGAUGCUUUGCGAUUGGGUGGGUUGGAAGUUACAGCAGUACCUUUAAAUGCAAGUGCUGGUAGUGGUAACAGUGUUGGAAAAGAUGCUAGUGCUGCAGUAACUUCACAACAACGUCGGCGGCGUAAUGUCUCAUUGUUGUCCGCCAAGAACGAAGACUACAACAGUGGCAUUCAGAACAAACCAAGUCACGGUGGUACUGACGAUGACUCAAAUAUAGAUUCAGACUCAGAUUCUGUAGUGAUGACCGUGACGCCUGAUGUUGUAUGCCUAUUGAACAAGUCUCAGCAACAUCAACAACAAAUACCUCAUCAAAGACAGACAUGUGGAAGUGUUUCCACAACAACAACCUCUGUUACAAUGAGUCAUCAUCACCAACAGCGACGGCGGUCAGCUAACAUGAACCACAGUAGCAUUGGUGGCCAGCAGCAUACUUCAGCAGCGGCAGCAGCAGCGUUACAUGACAAAAUAAAUCACGCGAUUAAUUCACUGAAACUGCAACAGCAGCAACAAAUGCCGAACGAAGACACACCAGUCAGUAAUAACAGUAACAAUGUAUUAUUAACCGGUGGAGCUAAUCAUGGCAACCCUAUUGGUGAUAAUAAUAAUAGGCAACAGCAAAGACUGCGCAAAAAUGGUGGUGUAGUCCAGCAACAGCAGACGGCGGCCCUUCUGGAUCUUUCUGUUAAGCCAUCAACGUUACAGAACACCACAAGGCAACAGAAGUCAAUGUCAACAGUCGUUAAUAGCAACCUACAAAAUCAGCAAAACCGAAAAGGUCUAAUACCAUUCCAUUCUACUACCACUUCAGGACCUUCAACUUCCUCAACUAACCUUGAAAUUACAAUUGUACCUGUCACAACUUCGACUACAUCUAAUUCGUUGAGGCUUCAAUCACAGCAGCAACAUAAACGUAGUUUGUCAGCAGCAACACAUAAUAGUGGUAGUUCUGCUUCUAGUUCUUCUGCUCCAAUGACGGUUAGGCAACAACUACAACGUCGGAAUGCAACUGUGGUCUCAACAGCUACAGCACCAGCAUCCAUUGUAGAUAUGUUAUGUGGAGGCAGAAGUCGAAACCUUCAACAACGUAAUGGUAGUAGUAUGUCUGUAACAGCAACAUCUACUAUUACUACUACUACUUCUUCUUCUUCUACUACUACUCCUUCUUUGCAGCAAAACCAACAACAACAAAUGUUCAUAAUAGCUGCUACUGCAAUGGCUGCUCAACAACAACAGAAAACUGAUAAGCGUAAGUCACAACAAAAUAAAAAAGAUUAAGAUGAUCAUCCACCAAUUAUUCAGUGUAAAACAAUAGCUGAGAAGAUAAAGAUAACGAAAUUUUGGUUUGUGUACGAAGUAUAAUUUAUUCAUGUCUAUAUAUUAUAAUAAUAAUAUAUUAUUACAUGUCCUAUAAUUUUAAAAAUAACAUGCAUAUUAGAGUUUAGUUUAAUGUAUCUGGUUUAUUUUCUAUAAAAAAAUCGAAAACUAUGGUGUGUGUGUGUGUGUGUGUGUGUGUGUGUGUGUGUGUUUGUUUUGUUACAAAAACUAUAAUAUUAUUUAUUUUUUUUCAACAUAUAAUUUUAAUUCAUAUAUAUAUUUAUAUAAAAUGCAUGUAUUGUAAAAUGUUAACGGUAUUAAUAAUAAAAAUUAAAGAAGAACAAUCAAUUUUAUUAUAAUAAUUAUAUUGGCAUUAAAAAUUUGUUUAUUUA